GGAGGUUGUUUUCGUUGACGCCAGUUUUGUACGAAUAUAGAAGGAACGACUAGGAUGGUUCAGCUCAUGACUCCGAGAAAGGUGGCGGUGAAGUUCGACGUCGACGAGUCGUCGGAAGACUCCUGGCUUGCUUCGGUUCACAAACGGCCCAAACUCGACCCGUCGUCUCCGCUGGAGCAGCAGUGGGGCUCAGGAGGAGGAGGAGGUGCCACGUGUGCGGUGUCGCCGCCGUUGGCGUAUGAUCCUCUGGAGGAGCCGAGCCCGCUGGGCUUGCAGCUGAGGAAGAGUCCGUCGCUUUUGGAUUUGAUCCAGAUGAAGCUGACGCAGCAGAAGGCUGUGAAAUUGGCCAACAAGAAGAAUCACAAGGGAGCUGCUGCUGCUGCUGCUGCUUCUGGUGGUGGUACGGAUAAGCUCAAGGCUAUGAAUUUUCCGGCUUCGCUUCUGAGGAUUGGGACUUGGGAGUAUAAGUCGAAACAUGAAGGGGAUUUAGUGGCGAAGUGUUACUUUGCAAAGCAUAAGCUUGUGUGGGAGGUGCUUGAUGGUAGUCUGAAGAACAAGAUGGAAAUUCAGUGGUCUGAUGUUGUGGCGAUCAAGGCCAACUACCCGGAUGAAGGACAGGCGACGUUGGAUGUAGUGCUUGCUAGACCGCCUCUUUUCUUUAGGGAGACGAAUCCGCAACCUAGGAAACAUACCUUGUGGCAGGCAACAACAGAUUUUACUGGCGGGCAAGCCAGCAUAAACAGGCGACACUUUCUGCAGUGCCCACAUGGCUUGCUUUUUGGCAAGCAUUUUGAAAAGCUUAUUCAAUGUGAUCCUCGUCUCAACUUUUUGAGUCAACAGCCAGAGAUUGUGUUAGAAUCUCCGUUCUUUGAAGCCAGAGUUUCAGGAACAAGUGACGCUGAUGAAUAUAGACAUCAGUUUAGUUCUAAGCUUGAAGAUGGACCUAUAUUUGGGUUGCAGGGUUCUGCAUCACCUUCUGGAACUCAUUCGUCCUCAUCUAGAAAUGAAGAUUUUGCUGGCAGAGCUCCUGAAAAUUAUUCCCGCGAAAUUUCUUCGUCUAGCUCAGUAAUGGACACCCCUGCAAUUGCAGAGAAAGGGAACUUUGGAGCCGGAAUCUCAAAGAUGCCAAGCAAAUUUGAUCAAAUCAAAGUUCCUGGACUUCGCUCGUCAAUGUCAGUGAGCGACUUUGUAAGCCAUAUUGGUCAUUGCAUCACAGAAAAGAUGUCCGGCACUCCCAUGUAUGCUGGCAAGGAGCAGCCUAGCAGUGACAUUUUAGAGGAGAUUACUCAAUACUUGUUUAAUGACUCGCAACUCAGCUUACCAUCUGACGAGCAGUCCCUCAUGUCAAGGGUCAACUCCCUUUGUUGCCUUCUGCAGAAGGAUCCUACUACUGUACAAAACUUGCAUGCCAGAAGUGAUGAUGGGAGAAUGGGCGAAACCAACUCUGCUUCCGCAUCAGGCUAUCAGAGUAGGAUUGGAGAAGGGUUUGCCACACCCAAGAUUGAGGUCACUGAUAUUUCAGACAAGCAACCAGGAAUCCCGAGACGGGAUUCAUUUGGGGAGCUUCUUCUUAAUAUUCCUAGGAUAGCAUCUCUUCCCCAGUUUCUUUUUAAUUUUUCAUAAGAUUAAGGUAAUCAGAGGAACAUAGUGAUCACCUACCAUAUCCUAAGCUACUCUUGUGAAAAAGCAUAGAGAUCUAUAUAUCGCUUACCGUCUGUGAAAGUGUGAAUACAGUAGUUGGAGGUUGAUACGAAAACGUGUUUACCGUCUGUGAAUGCAAUAGUUCGAGGCUGAUACUAAAGGCGUUCAGCUUACGGAUUCAGAAAUGUAUGUUGAUGAAGAGUCCUAACAGUUGAUUAAGCGUACUUUGUAUCCGCUAAUGGGCCUAUGGUGCCUUUUGUUUCACCUUUGUGUCUAAUAGAAUAAAUUUGGGAGCCAAGAAUCACUAUUUGUA